AUUUAUGUAAACGUAAAAGUCAUCCAUCGUGAUAAUGGGAUUUUUUUUUUAAUAAAUUACGCAUAAGUCACACACUUCUACUCCUUGUUCUUGCACAUAAGCUAAUGAACAAAAUGAUGUGUUAAGUUACUUUUUCAAUAAAGCGAAACCUUUUAGACAGAUAAUUACUGGAUGCAUUAUAACUUGAAGUUUGGAAAUAAAACUAUAACAGUCCGAAAAUUUUUCUUUCUUCUUCUCAAUAAAUUGUAUUUAAAUUCAUUUAAAAACAGCAUAUAAGGAAUACACUGUAUGUAAAAUUAAUAAAUUUUGAGCUCAAUUUAAUAGUAAAACGAAGUACAUCGAAAUUUUAUGUAAAAGAUAAUAAAUUUCUAUUAAUAUUUACUAUUUAAAUAUUCACCACUAAUUUGCUUUUUAAUUAAUAUUUUUCUAUUAAAAAGUUUUUUGAUAUUUGAUUUGGCAAAAUAUAAACUUGAUAAACUAACAGUGGACUAAUUAAUACAGGACGAGUUGAAACUAUACUUUCUAUUAAUACAACUCACUUAUAAAGAAGGUUGAGUAAGCGUUGUCUUAACGAAAAGCAUCACAGUGCACUUGAGGGCAUUGUUAAUAUAUCAUGUAUUUACUUUACUGUUAAUUGUUUUUAUUUAAUAUACGAAACACUAGUAAUUUUUUUUUCAACAUAAUGGCAAAUAUUUAAAGGUAUGUGGUAGAAUGGUAACAACCGAUUCAUUUAGAAACAAUUUACACCAAACACGUUUUUAUACAAAACCGGUUUGAAAUGCGAGAAAAAAACGCAGUAUGUUUAACAUAACACAAUGCAAAAAUGUCUUCUAUUUCAAUUGUAUAUUCACGAAAUCGUAUAAGAAUGAGCUGCUCUCGUAAUUAAGAGAAAAGAAUGUGGGAAAUAGGCAAUUGCAGAUAAAACAUGCGUAUUUCUACCAAACCGUAACUUAACUUUUUCACAAAAAAAAAUUUGAACAAUUCUUUUUCAUAAUUUUUGAACAAUGUAGCAAAGAACGUGGACGACAGUUCAAACAAUGUUUCAUAUCAUGUGUAUUAAGGUUAUAACAAUGUAUCAUAGCAUGUGCACAAAGAUGUUGUGCAGAAUAUUUGGGAAAGGUGCUAUACAUUAUUGCGCCAACUAUUCAGACCACUCAUUCUAAAUGUCGUUUAGCUUAAGAAGGUGCAUGUAUAAUAUUCUGGAGAAACAAUAAUACGUUAAUUAUUAUAUUUCUUAUCACUUUCUGCAUAAAAUUCUUUUUUUUUUUUUGUAACUUAAAUUUUUUUAAACGAAAAAUUGUUAUAACAAUUAGAUUCAAUUGCUGAAAAACAAUAAUUGUAAUUGCCAAGAAACAAUAUUUUCAAUUAGGACGGUAUUUUUUUCUGGAGUCUUUUUUUUUCAAUGAAUUUUUUCAUUAUUUAUCCCUUAAUAAUAGUUAGCCUUUUUAUAAAAUUAGAGAAAUUAGGUAUACGGGCUAACGAAAAUACUGUGGAUCUAAUUUCAAGUGGAGAAGAUGUCGUACGAGGUGUCACAUCGUUUCUUAAUUCUCUUUCUUUGAAAAACGCUAAAGGACCAUUUAGUACGGUACUAGUAAAUGAAAAUUAUUUAAAAUCAUCCGAAAGCAACAAGAAACUUUCUUCAAAUCUUUUUAUUGAAACACCUAAAGAGGCUCAGCAUUAUUUUUGGAAUGAAAUUAUGGAAAUUGAUAAAGUGCCUUCAUUAGGUACAAAAACUUUACUUAUACCAGGACAACUCGGUGUUUUACUAUUAAUGGUUUUUAACCAAAUAAUGUGUGAAGCAAGCAUUUUGAUUAAAGAUUUAGAUAAAUUUUCAAAUGAAAAGCGAGAGAAAUAUCUUAAAUUUUUAAGUCGUUUGUAUAAUGAAAAUAUUCAAAUGAUUCCUGAAGAUAGCAAGCAUUUUUUUAAUGUUCCUAUACCUACUCUAUGCUUAGACAAAAAACUUUAUGGUAUGUCUAAUGAGGACCAAUCAGAUCUAGGAAACAUUUUAAAAAGAUCAAAAAAUUAUAGAGAAACGUCGUUUAUUUUAUAUAAUUGCUUCGAUACGAGAACUCAAAGGAUCAUUCAGGAAUUUUUGGCAAAAGUUCAUUCAUGGGAUACAAAAUGUUCCCGGUUGAUCAAGAAAACAAACAAAUUUUCGUUUGAGUUUCUAGAUAAAUUUCACGAAGGAAUGGACGAAAUGAUGUUAUUAAUGCGAAAUUUAGAAGUAUCCGGUCUAACGUUUCGGUCUGCAUUAGGGAAAUAUUUACGCAAAGAAAAAACUCAAAAUUCCUACAAUAUAAAUGCUGGGAUAAACGAUUUGGGUGUGCAAGAUCUUUCUUUAGAAGAAUCUGAAGUAACUCAAAAAUCGAAACUAAAUUUAAAGAAAUCAAGCAAUCCACACGGAAAAAGAGAAAACACAAUGUUUCGAAAAAUUGCUUCCUUUAUGAAGAAAAAACCUAAAAGGUUGGUGAAUGAGAAUUAUAUUAAAAGUAUCACAGAGACAAAAGCAUUAAAAGAUAUUUCAGGUGAUAAUUCAAUUUACGACCAAGUAAUAUUUAGGGAGCCUUAUGAUACUUCAACGCAACCAUGGAGGACAAGUAGUCAUGGGACAACUAUAAAUUCUAAAAGUCUAGAGCCCAUUUUUGGUUCGUUAGGACCCAGGAGAUCUAGAUCUAAAGCUACUGCAACAAACAAAGAAUUUCAAUUUAUGGGUGAAAAAGAAACGGAAGAUGAACCUUUACUUCACGAACGUGUCAAGAAAAUAGCUAACAUACGUACUCAUUACACAGACACGAAACAUGGACAAAAACGUAUUGUGAGAACUGAGGCUACUACACAUGACCAGAAAAGGUUAUCAGAUAUUGAAAACAAAUAUGAUUAUACUUAACCAAAUAUUGAGAAUUGAGGACGUGCACUGGAAAGUUACGGAAAAAAAGAAAAGUAAAUAAUCUUCACCUUUUUAACAUGAUUGUUGAAUAUCAUUUUAACGUGUCUAAUAACAGUCUAAAUUUUGCGU